CUGUUCACUUUUCCGACAUGGGUGUAAGUUGUCCAUUUCAUCUUUUUCUCCCCUCUCUUCACCCCCACUUGAAACCACCCAACUGACCGCGAACUCUUCGUUGCUCUCUCCAGUUCGCCGCAAAGCUCGCUGCCGCACAGCAGAACCAGAAUCAGACCAUGUCGUCGAAUUCAGGUCAACCAGGCACGUAUGGCGGUGCUCCGCCGUCCGGAUAUACUGGAGGCCCUCCGCCUACAGCAUUGCGCCCUGGUGGAUACCAGCCGCAGGGACAACAGCAGCAGCAGCAACCCUCGCAGUACCAGGCUUACCCAGGGUCUCCUCCACCUGCUCAGGGAUCGGUAAGCUUCCCCCUCUCUUGAUCUUCUUCAUCUCUUUCUCUCUUCCUCGUCCCUUAUUGUUAUUUUUUUUUCUCUCUUUACUCCACAUUACCCCUCCACGCUGCUCUCCCGCGGAACACCCCCUUCUCUGUUUUUCUCUCACUCGGCGCUCUCUGGUCCCAUCAACCACCCACGGAAAUCCAAAAAAAAAAAUAAUCCCUUCGAAAUCCACCAUGUCGGGUCAUUAUUACCCACAAGGUCAACCUCCGUACGGCGGCUCACCUGCUCAAAACUACCAGCCUUACAACGCUCCCUCGCCGGCGGCUUACUCGAGGGCCACUCCACAACAGCCAUCGCCCUACCCCGCACAGCAACAGCAACAGCAACAAGGCUAUUCGCGCCCUCCACCGCCGCCACCCCAAGGUCAGCCCUAUGGAUCUUCCGGAUCGGCGUACCCUGGACAGCAGCCGCCCUACCCUGGUCAACAAUCACAGUCCCCUUACCCCGGACAACAGUCGCCUUACCCAGGACAGCAACCACCUUACCCUGGACAGCAAUCACAAUCGCCUUACCCUGGUCAACAGCCACCUUAUCCUGGACAGCAACAGCAGUCUUCCUAUAACCAGGCUGCUUAUCCUCCUCAAGGUGCGCCCUACGGCGGUCAGGGACGCCCCGGUGCCUCACCCGGACCUCAGGGUGGACAGCAAUAUGGCGCGCCCGGUGGUCAGUAUGGAGCUCCCGGCGGUGCACCUGGACCUCAGGGUGGACCCGCGACACCACAGCAGGUCGAUGCCUACCGUCGCCUGUUAGAAGAUACCAUCCGAGAGAAGCAGCUGCAAAGAUUCUAUCCUCCCGGCUCCAAGGCCCUGGAUGGUCUCGUUCAGUUCCUUGCCAAUGAGGCCCCGGCCCGGCUGCAGCGCAUCGUGCAUGAGCUGAAUGUGCCGAUGGAAGUGGCCACCGAUCUCAUGAAGCUCGCACUAUUCGACAUCGUUCUCUAUGUGGAUGACAGUGGUUCCAUUGAAUUCGAGGAGAAGGGUCUCCGCAAGGAUCAGCUGCGACAGAUUCUGGGUAUCGUGGCGACCGUGGCCUCGACCUUUGACCAGGACGGUAUUGAGGUGCGCUUCAUGAACUCCAUGGAGGAAGGUCACGGAGUCCGGAGCUCCGAUGAUGUCGAGCGUCUCGUCUCGCGUGUUCGCUUUUCCGGUCUGACUCCUCUGGGCACAAGUCUGCGCCAGAAGGUUGUGGACCCCUUGGUCAUCGGCCCCGUUCGUUCUGGUCGUCUGCAAAAGCCCGUGCUUAUCAUCACUAUUACUGAUGGUCAACCCGCGGGUGAGGCGCACAGCACCGUUCGCGAUACUAUCAGCUACGCUGUUCACGAGGUUCAGCGGGCGCAGUACAGCACUGGUGCCGUCAGCUUCCAAUUCUCGCAGGUCGGCAACGACACCCGUGCGCGGGAGUUCUUGUCCGACCUGGACGAGGAUCCGGAAAUUGGACAGUUGAUUGACUGCACAUCGAACUUUGAGGUCGAGCAGGAUGAGAUGUCGCGAGCUAACCCACCCGUACACUUGACUCGUGAGCUCUGGUGUGCCAAACUCAUGCUGGGCGCUAUCGAUAGCUCCUACGAUACCAAGGACGAGAAAGCCGAGAGGCGCAACCAACCCGGCGGCCCUCCCCAGGGACCUCCCCAGGGCUCGUAUGGCGGAGGUGGCUAUGGCCAGGCACCUCCUCAGGGUGGCUACAAUGCUCCCCCCUCAGGCUAUGCUCCCAACACAUAUAACCAACAGCCCAAUUAUCCCCCACAGCAGCAGCAACAGCAACAGCCUCCCUACCCAGGUGCCAACCGAGGCAACGCUCCCGCUCCUGGAUAUGGCCAACCCCAGCAAUAUGGAUACGGUGCUCCUCCAUCCGGUGGAGCAGGAGGCUAUCCCCAGUCAGGAGGCUAUGGACAGCAGCCACUACCCCGUCGCUACUAAGAUUGCAGGAAAAGGAUACACAACAAAGGCUCCGAAAGGUACGGGCAUGAAGUCACAGGCUGCUAUUCCCUUGCGCGUUUGCGAGCUUUAAUUCCUGGAAUGUUUUGUUUCAACAUGGGUUUCCAGAACAUAUGCGUACUCUGGAUCAGCUCUUAACAAAUUGUAUUUUUGCCUCGUUUUCGGAAAGUAUGCCUUUUUGCAUGGUUGAUCAUGCCUUAGGAUAAGUUAGGUUGGAAUGCGAUGAAUGCAAUUGAUACACUCGACAAAAUGAGGUUAUAGAUGCCGUAUUCUGGUCAGACUGAAGGGAAAUGAUAUGUAUUGGCCUGCUAUAGCUUGGUCUAGUAUAAUCGUUAUGUAG